CCGGGCCCACGAAAGUUUAGUGCUGAGUUCUGAAGAAUUUUCUUGAAGUAAAAUUGACGAGUCAAACGGGGAAACACGCAGGUGCAUCUUCCCUCCAAUCUCCUGUCCUGACCGACUGUCGCCGAAUUCCGACGCGCUUCCACCGCAAAGCCGCCAUGGCGUCGGCCCCGGCGUGCCCGGAGAACGCCGUCCGCUUCAAUUCGACGCUGUGCGCGUGUGCUCCCGGCUACCUGAUGGAAGCCGGUAGCCGGAAUUGCACGCUCUUCCGGACAUCGAGCAACAACGUGACGGUCGAGUCUGGGGUUGAUUACUCGCGCCUUUUCCCCAACUCCAUCGUCUCCUUCAACUCCCUGAAGAAGUUUACCCAAUCUCAGGCCUUAUUCCUCGAGAUCACGCUCAUAGUUGUGCUCGCGUGGAUCAUUUUAGCUGUUGCCCUUCGCGCCGGGAAGGUCAACGGCGGGACCACGGUGUGGUUCCGGUUGAGGUAUUGGAUCACUCGGAUGGAUGUCUGCUACUCCACGCAGCACUGGCUGGAGGAUCAGAAGCCUGUAAUUAAGCGCAAGACAGAGCUGGGUGGAAUGUUUUCUGUUGCUUCUGCAAUACUAUUUAUUGGCUUAGUUUCUACAUUACUUUACCAGAUCAUUACCAAGAGGACAAUUGAGGUGUACAAUGUCAGACCUGUAAAUGCACCAGAUUUAUCAUCAUUUGUCAAUGACAUGGAGUUUAAUCUUACAACAGUGUCUAGCAUGACUUGUUCGCAUCUGCGUGGACUUGGAACUUUAAUGUCGGGAACUCCAGGCUUUAUUGAUUAUAGAAUUUUACCUUUAUCCAAAUUUGUGGAUGCCAAUUGUUUUAACACUAGUUUAGGACCAAGAGUAACCCUUAGAUGUAAUGGUUGUCAUGUUAUUAAGGAUAGCUACUUCAUUUCAUGGCAAUUUGUUGAUCUUCCAAAUGAACCAGCUACUGCUGUUGGGUUUCUAUUUAACAUCACUGCAAAGAGGCCUGGUGAUACUAAACAUACCAGUUUUGUCAGUGGGACUCUGGCUUCUCAGGACAGCACAAACCAGACAGCGACAUUCAGGGGGGUGAAUGGAAACAUAUUUAAGAUCCACUUGGUUCCUAGAAUAUAUCGUAAGGUUCAUGACUUGAAGCUUAUUCAACCACUCUUUCGUGAAUUUGUACCUGGUUCAAAUGUUGUGGAGGCAAGUCAACUCCAAAGUUCACUACAGAAUCCAGCUGAUGGAUUGAUUAAUAUGACAUUAUAUAUCAGCUUCCUUUCCGAUUUUAUUGUUGAGGUUGACAAUGCAAACAUUAUUGGGCCAGUUACUUUUUUUGCAAAUGUUGGCGGCCUCUAUGCCUUCAGUAUUGCUACUUUUUUCUUCAUUCUGCUGCAGCUUGAGUACAGAAUCAAGAAGCUUCAUGAUGAAGAUGUGAAACUUCGAGAUAUUAGAGCAAAGAAAAGAGCACAAAAGCAUUGGGAUAAGUUGAGGAAGUAUGUAAUGUUCAGGUGGGGACACAGCGUGCUUGGUGGAAUGACUCAACCCAUUAGACAGAAAAAGGAUUCUAUUAGUAGCUUGGUGGUUGGACCUUUUCAAGGCCUUGGAUUGUUGCACAAGAGAAAGCAACAUCCUGGGAUUUAUAUUGAUGCUUCUAAGCAGGCCACUGUCCCAGAAAGCACUCUUACACAAACAAGUUUACCAACUUCAGAGGUUGCCUAUGUUCAAUCAUGUGAAGUGUCUGACAUGAAGGCGCAAGAAAAAAGAGCCAUCUCUAAUGAAGUCAAGGCAAACAGUCGGUCUAAGCUGCUUCUUUUGAAGAACUACAUGCAACCCCUUCCACCUGUUCCAGAAAUUUCCACUGACGGUGGGAUGGACACAUCAGAAAUGAAGAGUAACCUCAAAAGCCUAUAUGAGUACAACGUUCAGUUGAGGAAGAGCUUUUUAGAAUCUCAAGUUCUUCUGGAGGACUUGAGACAGAAGGUUUCUCCUUCUGGUGAUUCUAGCAGAGACGGAGAAGCAUCUAACCAAUUGUGACGGCAAAUAACAAACUUCCCUGUACAAAUGUGCCAUGGUCUGUUGUAGCCCGGUUUGAGUGGUAUAUGUCGCAUUUCUGGAGUUUCUAUGAAUCAACCUUCUGAAGAAUUGGCAUUCAUCAGACAGCUGGUACUGCAAUUGUUUCUCUUGUGCAGCGACCCAGAGGGAUCCGGUGUUGUAUGAUUACCUGCAGCACUGCACUGUAUUUUUCUGAGAAGUGGUGCUGCUGUAUGUAACUAGAGAGACAUACCUGUAUAUUACACGAGGUGAACAUCCAUAGCCAUGCAAAUUUAGAAUAUAGGAAUCAUUAUAGGAAUUCUUUCUCAUGUAUCAUGCGUUGUUUCAUGCGUUCUGUAUUGAUUGGAUUCUUACACUUAAUCAUUCUUGAUGAGCAAUAAUGUAAAUGUGUACUUUUGUUCGUUUUA